AUGCUUGAUUACUACACUACUUCUGAUGAAUUUGACCUUUGCAAUGCUACUUCUGAGGAGAAAUCUGAUUCGCUUAAUGAUAUAGAAGGUGAGGCAAUUGCUACCAUCAUAUUUAAAAGAAUGCGUAAUGAAUUAAGUUUACUUGUAACUGAGUAUAAAAAACAACUCGAAAGUGUUUAUCCUAAUGAUAAGGAAUGGGAAGUUAUAGAUAUCAUGGUUGAGUUAUUAGAACCUAUGCUCAUCGCAACAGAAUUAUUAUCAUCAAGCUUUUAUCUAACUAUUUCUGAUAUCUGUUUAACUUUUUGGGGCUUCUCCAUCAUCUUAAUAAGUUUAUAG